UAAAAGGAAACAUCAUUGUGUGGAGGUCUGGGGUAAUUAUUUACAUAACUUAGAACUGAGUGUUUAUUUUGGGGGAGAAAAAUAUCUCUCAAGGAGACCCAAGAUAUUACGACAAUAUUUCAAACGUCCGCAUUUCUGUCUGGAAGGGGCUGGACCCCAGUGUACCCCCCGGUGGAUAUCAGUUUAAUAGUUGAAGCCCACUUGUGACUAUUUUGUCGAAGCUAACCAUACAAUGUUACCUGUUUACCUAGUAAACUAGCAUAUGUGUACUAAAGUUAACAACCCCUCCUCUUCGUGAGCGAUGUAUUUGUGAAUUUCAAAAGAGGAACACUGCAAUACACAAGUAAUGGCGACCCCCACCUCCCCCCGGGCUGUGGAGAGACAAAAGGCAAGGCUAGCAAAACUGGAGGAAAAAUGGAAUAUCCUAUUUAAUCAGAAAACAAGGGAGCCAAUAUACAGUAUGGCGAUGUACAUCGAAUACCUUCAACAUUACUGUGAUAGAGAAAGUGAUUUCCUUUCGAACACUGGACAUAACAACCAAGGCUCUCCUCACCCUGUGUCCUACUUCCUACAAAAACUCACACUGGACCUCAAAAUGUCCUACCAAUGGUUUAUCGAGGACUUUUGCAAGAAAGAGAACGACGGUCUUGCGUUAUUGUUGACGUUGUUAAGAAACAUACAGAAGACGACGAAGGAAAUGACGUCAGUACCGUCAAAAGAAAGGGCACAAAUCAGAAAACGAUUACUGACAGACGAAUAUGAUUGCUUGGUCUGUAUCAAGUUUUGCCUCCGUGCUCAGUCAGCAAGUAAAAUAUUACUGGAUUCUACGUACGGACUGGAAAGCGUCGCCUCAGCUCUAAUGAGUUCGCACACGAAGUCAAGAGUCGCCGCACUAGAGAUUAUGAGCCUAAUUCUUAGGGAACCCGGCGGAUUUAGCAGAAAUAUCGACUGUUUCACCUACUUUCGAUUGAAAAACUGCGAACCUGUUCGAUUCAAAUUCCUCGUCAACAUGCUGAUGUCACGAUCUGAUGGGCCGCUUUCUUUCCAGGUGUGCUGCAUGAGAUUUUUGAAUUCUUUAAUCACCUUUGCCCCUAAUUCAAACAUCAAAGUCUUCCUGCAAACUGAGUUAGAAAUGGCUGGGGUGGAUCCAAAGCUUCUUAUUCUGAUGACUGAAGACAGCAAAGCUCAGGAGAAAGAUGAUCUAGUCAGAGAAAUAAUGGACUUCCAAAACAGCAAGAUUGAUGUUGAUGCAGUCAUUGAAAUAAAUAGGACCCUCCAUGAAAAGAUUUCAACACUGAGAAAUCAGAUAAAGACAGACAAACUAUUAUCAACGAAAACCAAGCCUGCUCCACCACCGCCGCCACCACCACCAAUACCUCUCAAUCAUCAGCCUCGAUCUCAAUAUAUUCCCACUGAGCCUGCGCAGACUGAAAAAUAUCUCCAUAACAACCCUUCAGUAACUGUUAAUGUCGACGUUCAUUUACAAAGCGAUCCUGGUCAGAACUCAGCAUUGCAGACACUCUCAUCUUGCCUGCAGGAACUGAAAGCCAUGAAAAAUAACGAAAAGGUUCAACACGAAAAUGUUGAGUGCAUUGAAUCUAAAGAUGAAAAGGUUCCCUUUCCUACAAAAGCAAAAAUGCCAUACCUUAAUUGGACUGUUCUAGGUGAUGUGGAAAAUACCAUGUUCAAGAGUCUUAACUAUGAAAGAGUGCUAGAACAGAUCGAAUUAUUUGAACUAGAGGAGAGCUUUAAGAUUGGACAAGAACAAAAGCAAGAAUACCCUAAGCCUCUCAAGGGAGGAAUUUCAAAAAUUCAUUUCAUGGAAUCUUCAAGAGCUAAGAACCUUUCUAUUUUGCAGAAAAGAAUCGGACGAUCUCCAAUCGAAAUAAAAGGAUUCAUUGAAGAGUAUGACACAGAUGCUCUCUUAGCAGACAAUGCCGAGCUACUCCUGAAGUUUAUUCCAACUGAAAACGAGAUGAGGACAAUUAUGGAACUGGAGUUUCAAUUGGAAGAUUUAGACGAAGCAGAGCAAAUGUUGGUCCAAUUGAUGGCGAUUGGUAGACUUGAAGAAAGGCUUCGUCUUAUGAUUUUUAUGGACAGUUUUCCUCGCGUGGCGGAAACACUUCUCUCGCCAAUCGCAGAUUUAAAGAGCAUCUCCACAAGAUUGAUUCGAUGUACGAAAUUGAAGAAAAUAUUCGAGAUUAUUUUGGCGGUUGGAAAUUUCAUCAAUGGAAACAGAAAACAAGCCAUUGGAUUCAGGGUAGCAUCUUUACCACUGUUAGAACAAAUUCGGUCUGGAGAUCGGUCCUUGACCUUACUGGAGUAUAUCGCAGAGAUAGUUGUUCGUCACUAUCAUGACUCACACGACUGGUAUAAUGACCUUGACAUUCAUCAAAACAAUACAGCAUCAUUCCAAUCAUUGGUCGCAUCUGUCAAAGACAUGAAUGAUGGUUUGACCAUUUUACAACAAGAGAUUGCAGAAACUUCGUGUCAACGUCUCAUUCUUUUCCAAAGAGAUAUUUCACCCAUUUGCAGCAAAAUCCAGAGAGAAUUUAAAGAAAUGGAGACAGUAUUUUGUUCAGUGUGUACCAUGUUUGGAGAGAAUCCUGCCGAAUUAGACUCUCAAGAGUUCCUUAAUGUUAUACAUAAUUUUGCAGAAUCAUACAAGAAAGCUGAUAAGAAGCUAAGUAGACAAAGAUGGCGGAAAGGCAUUAAUCUGUCAAAGACAAAUCAUAUCAAACCACCAAUUCCAAAUGUAAAUAUGACGGAGUCUCAAUAUCCUGAAUCUCCCACAUCUCCUGAACUUGUCUAUCAGAAUUCUACCCAUCCCAUUGAAAAGGAACGUAAUGCCCUUGAAGAAAACGAGACAGAGCAGCGUGAAAAGGUCUUCACAUUUGAAAAUUGUGAUAUUGCUGAUAAGGAAAUAGUUACUCUGAGUGAUCAGACCAUAGAAGACUGGGUGGUGAACAGUCCACAUCCCUCCGCGUGUACGGACGUUUUACGAGAAGAAUCUGUCGCAAGAAUUAAAAACUUAGACCCACCAAAAGAGGAGGAUGAUAGUAUAUUUGACUAUGACACAGCAAGUGAAGACAGUGCAUUUGUUGGAUCCGAGGGUCAGUAUCUUCGAUCUUCCACCAGCAGGACUUUUGCCUUAACUGGGCAAAUCUUACAAAAUGACAAAUACCAGAGUUUACUGAGGAAGCCGAGUCCUCCGCCGGAACCGAUUCCAGAUUAUUCCGUCUGUGGAACUCUCAGGCUCGAGGACGAUGUGGAGCGGGUAUUGAAAGACUUUGAUGGGAAAUUAAAUGAAUAUUGUACGAUACCCAAUGUGGCUGUUCACAUGGGGUAUAUGAAUAUGAGGUCUGAAAUUUACAUUUAAGAAAAUAGGAAAUAAUUUCUAUCAAUGUGCUUUG